UCCAAUCACGCCACUGACUAACAGUAGCUAACAGAACAAAACCCAACAAGAUGAUGACCAAGAUCCUGCUCGUGGCUUUGGUGAGCGUGGCCUGCGCCGCCUCCGUCGAGAAGCGCGAGGGCCCCGUGGCCCAGGCCCGCGACACGACGACGGCGGCUCGCAGGGCAACCUCUAUUACUACUACUACCCCGUCCAGGAGUACGGCGAGACCGGCGCUGCCUCCGGCGACUUCGACAUCUUCACUGCCAUCAUCCUGCCCCUGCUGAUCCUCGGCGGUCUGCUCCUGCUGCUGUCCUCCCUCACCUUCACCCUCACCACCGGAAGGGCCCUCAGCACCGAGACCCAGGAGCCCGCCCUCAUGGACCAGCUCCACGACGAGAUUGAGCGCGUCUUCUACAUCUACCUCAACGCCUUCGAGAGCGAGCAGUGCCUCCAGAGGACCAUCUGCGAGAUGGGCGCCUACUCCAAGGACCUCAAGGGCAAGGACUUCGUCCUCGGCCUGCUGGAGCCCCUGGUCCCUGAGGGCAUGAAGGGUAACCUCGCCAUCUUCAAGAAGGCCGCCGAAUCCGGCUACGAGACUGGCAAGUGCAAGAAGUUCAGGUGCCUCGCCCCCAAGCUUCUCUAAGUCAACCCAGGAUUAAAGAUAAAUAGAAAACGGAUGCUCUUGGAAAGACCUUUCUUACAGAAAACGGGAUCUUUGCUUGACGACCGAUGCUUCCAACAAGAAAACGGAAUGUAGGUCGCAUAUUCUGGUGUUUCCGCCACUGUGAAUUUGUGAUUCUGCACAUGAUCAGACUGCUUGCUCUUCUUGAUGCUGAGCAAGAGCCACUAGCAUUAGGAAUUAAUACUGGGCUCGUCUCCACUUGCUGCUGGUCGGCAGUGGUGAACAGCACACUUAAGAAGAAUCCAUGGACAUCUUAAUGUAUGUCCGAGUGGCCAAUCCUAAUGAGAUUUUGUUUUCGGUUAAAAAUUCCUAAUUGUUCGUUUCUCAGGGCUCUUAAUUUACGAAAUUCAGAUAAUCUGACCCCAAAAAAUAUAUGUAUUCAUCAUA